AUGGCGAAUGUGCCCGGAGGCUCAAGUCCCGGCCAUAAAUGGCUGAAGAAAGGAGAUGGACAGGACAAGUCUCUCCCAUUCCGCGUAUCCCCUGCCUCACGCACCAUCUCAGUCGGACUGGCCAUGACUCAAAGGCUUGCUGCGUGCGCAUGGAUCCUUGCGCUCCUGCAUGGCUUCAGUGAUGCUAGAUGGGUUUUGGCAGGGUUUGGUCACUGCACCGAGCCGCUAGAGAUUUGGCACAACAAAGACUUGGCAGGCUGCUUACGAAGUUGUGAGGUGGCUGGAAGCCAAUGUUCUUACGUGUCCUUCCUGGAUGACUCCCUGAUUCGUGCGCCUUUGGACGACGAGUUCAAAGUUGAAAUGGGCUCAAUCAGUGGAGCUUUAAGCGGAGGCUCUUUGUGUUGGCUCUACGGCCAGUGUGAAGUUCUGAAAACGACAUUCUCUGGAGCAGCGACUUUCGUUCGAGAGGAUCUGCCGAAAUAUGGCCAAGUGCCAGACGAUGGCCUUGUGACGAUUUCCACGGCCAGGUCCAUGUCUUCUAGAAGCACUUGGCAACUCAGGAAGCAGCUUUGCAUGUCAGUUGACCAGGAGCCAUCGGUGGCAUUGAAAGAUGUUUGCGCCGAUCUCUGGAAAGUGACACUGGCUUCCACUCGCAGCGCUCGCAUCCACUCAAGUUCUUUCACGGUGAGGGCGAGGGUAACGAUUCGGCGAGGGAAGGAAUUUCUAUGUAGUCAGGGUCCAAAGGCUGCAACCAAAUCGAGCAUGUUUGAUGGUUUGUCUCUCAGUGAAUCUUGCAAGCAAGAAACUUGGGACAUUGUCAGAGAAGGUGAGAAUCAACAGUCGGUGGAUAGCGAGCCCUGCAUGUGGCUGCGAGUGGCACAAGAAGGCAAGUCUACUUUAGGUAAGUAUUUGUCGGUUUCUGAGGGUGGCAAGCAGGUCACCCUCCUCCCAUGGUCUACAAACAUGAGCAGAUCCUGCUGGCACUUUGGUUACCAGACAUGGAUGCAGCAUAGCUUUGUAGGCCGGGACGAUUUUGACCUUGGAGUUGCCGAAAAUGUCACAUCAGCUGCCAAAGACUGUGUUGGAGAAUCCAAAAUGGAGGAGUGCCAAGGCAGCACAGACAGUCGAAAAGUAAAACGAGUGCCACAUCUUUGGCUGAUGGCUUCGCCAAACUAUGUGGGCACCAUGGAGAAGCUUCUUUCCACCUUCCGCCGUGCUGAAGAACCUCUUCGAGUUUCGGUUCGCUGGGUGACGGAGAUAAAGGACACCAGCCAGCAUGGAUUCUCACUUGCUGGCGCUGAAGUGUGGAGUAGUAAGGUUUACGGUUGGAACUAUUGGAGGCUGCUGAUUCUGUUCGAAGCAUAUUUGGAUGCAGUACAGUCACAGGACCACAUGGUGAUGGUCAUGGACUUGGAUUUUCAAGUGCGUAGUGGUUGGACUCAGACCCUCGAGAAGUGCUUGGACGCUACUGAUAUUUGCUUUCUCCAGCAGGGAGGCUUUGGGAAUCAAUGGCAGCAAGCCAACGGCGGACUCUGGGUGUUCAAGCCCACUGCAGCUGUGGGUGCCUUCUACCACACCUUCGUGGCAAGAAUGCAAACGCUAGAGAUCUUGGUCAGGCUGUUACCAUCGACGGAACCACCAGGCCCUAUGCCCUUUGAGCAAUUAAUGUUGAACUACAUCCUGUACGUGCAAGUUCCGAGAUUCAUCGGCUUCACGUCUGAAAGCCAGCUGGGCACAUUGAAAUGGGGCAUCUACAACCCCCUCACAGCUUCGUGCGGCAUGUUCUUCCAGUGCGCAGUGCUCGGGAGCACAGUGCACCAUGCCACUGGGUCGUUUGCCGUCUUGAAGAACAAGUUGAGAUUCAUGGAUGCAGCGGAGCUCUUUGUUUCUGACCUGCGGGAGUUCUGCCCCUUGCAUCCGAGCGGGCAACCACAAAUCAUUGGGCCCUUGCCAGCCUUCUGUUUCUUGUAUGUUGCUGUGGAUCCUCACUUUGGUCCUUUGCUGGACUCUUAUAACGUCUAUGGCGGAUUUAGUGCGGAGAAGAGCAUGGAAGUGACGGAGCACCUGAAAACUAGGCCAGACAUUUGGACAAAAACGAUUGCGGAAUGCGUCUAG